CUUAAAUUACGUACAAACUUAAAAUGACAACGAUUUUUAGAAGCUUUCUAACAAAAUUACGUCAAGCUACAAUACCGACCAACUACACCAAAGGUAUUUUGGGUAAAAAAUUGUAUUGUCAACAAAGCCCUGUAACAGAAGAGCAAAUAUCAUCAAUAUUAAAGCAAAAAUAUCCUUUGGCCACAAAUAUAACAGUGGAGGAUGUAUCAGGAGGAUGUGGGGCUAUGUUUAAUAUAUUCAUCGAGACAAAUGAUUUUAAAGGACUGACUGUAGUAAAACAACAUAGAAAUGUGUAUGAAACUUUAAAAGAACAAAUUAAGAACAUACAUGGCUUACAUGUUGAGACUAGAAUACCAAAAUAAAUUAUUGUUGUAAAUCAUAAUAGCAAAAUGUAAUGUAAUGUAAAUAAUUUUGUAUAAUUUUUAUUAGAAGUAAAGAUAAUAAUAAC